CGCCGCCGCCGCUCCGAGCCAAGAUGGCGGCGCCCAGGCCCGGGCCCGGCCGGCUGUCGGGGGUGCUGGUGGCGGCGCCCAUCCCCGACCUGGACGCCCUGCGCGCGCUCACGGCGCUCUUCAAGGAGCCGCGCAACCGAGAAACAGCUCCACGCAACCUCUUCCAGCGAGUCCUGGACAUUCUCAAGAAGUCCUCGCGCACUGUGGAGCUGGCCUGCAGGGGCCCGGCGCCAGUGGACAGCGUGGCCGCCAGCCUGCAGGUGAUCACCGAGUGUUUCCGCUGCCUGCGCAACGCGUGCAUAGAAUGCUCCUCGAACCAGAACACCAUCAGGAACCUGGGCAUGAUCGGGCCGGCGGUGGACGUGGUUCUUCUGUUCCGUGAGCUGCGUGUGGAGCAGGAGCUUCUGCUGACAGCUUUCCGCUGUGGCCUGCAGUUCUUGGGCAAUGUGGCUUCGCGCAACGCUGACUCCCAGGCUGUGGUGUGGACACACGCUUUCCCUGAGCUCUUCCUGUCCUGCCUAAACCACCCAGACCGAAAGAUUGUCUCGUAUUCGUCCAUGAUCCUCUUCAGCUCCCUCAAUGCUGAGAGGCUCAAAGACCUGGAAGAGAACCUCAACAUUGCCAUCGACGUGGUUGAUGCACACCGGAGGCAGCCGGAGUCCGAGUGGCCGUACUUGGUUAUUGCUGAGCAUUUUCUGAGAAGCCCAGAUAUGGUGCAAACUCUGUACGCCAACAUGAGCAGUCGAGAAAGGGUCGCACUCUUGGACGUCAUCAUCACCAAGAUUUCCGGCGAAGAGCCGCCCCCCAAAGACGACAUCCCGGUGUUCCUGAGCCACGCCGAGCUAGUGGCCAGCACUUUCAUAGAGCAGUGCAAGAUGGUGCUACAGCUGCCCUCUGAGCCGCCUGCUGCCGAUGAGGAGGUGCUGGCCAUAGUCCGGCUCCUGGACGCCCUGUGUGAGAUGAGCACCAACAUCGACCUGCUCAGCUACCUGCAGAUCUGCCCGGGCCUGCUGGAGGCUGUGAUCGGCCUCUUGCGGCUCAUCCACACAGCAGGCAGCGACGGCACCAGCAUCUUCUGCACCAACAGCAACGUCCGAGCCGAUGGGGAUGUGUCCAGUGCUGUUGAGGGCUUCCGCUCCCACCUCAUCCGCCUGAUUGGGAACCUGUGUUACAAGAACCGGGAGAAUCAAGAUAAGGUGAAUGACCUGGACGGCAUCCCCCUCCUGCUGGACAGCUGCAAGCUGGACGACAACAACCCCUUCGUGGCCCAGUGGGCUGUCUACGCCAUCCGCAACCUGACCCAGGGCAAUAGUCGGAACCAGGACCUCCUUGCACGGCUGGAAGAGCAGGGCCUGGCCGACCCGGCUGCAUUGGCCAAGAUGGGCUUCGAGGUGGAGAAGCAGGGACACAGGCUUGUCCUCAGGCCCACCGGUGGCAGCCCUCAGCCGUGAGCGGGAACUCCAUCCGGAUUCCUGCAUCUUCAGACUCUUUCUGCGGAGUGCUCCUCUGUGUGGCAUGUGGAACCAUGAUCGAGUGUGGAUUUCUACGUACCAGUGAGAAACACGCGUGUCCCAGCCGGUAGUGAUAGUCGCGCAAGUGCAAGCUUCGAAGUGGACGUCCCCAAGUUCCCGUUGCCUUUUGCUUUGACCCCGGUCCUGUCUGUUGGCCUCUGUCCCUGUGGACGCACCUUAUGUGCGUCUCUGCCCCGUUGUACUCGCCGUGGCAGCAAAUAAUAAAGUCUCGGUCGCGGA